CGAAGGAGGCCUAUGUACAAAUGGCUACUGCGAGCGCUGCGCGCCCUGUUCUUCGCCCGCCGUCCCGACGCGCCGCCCAGCCCCAGGAAGAGGAGGCACCCCAGGUGGGCGCGGGGCGCGGGCCGGGGGAGUGGCGACCGGGCGGGCGCUCGGGAGCCGGUGCAGGGAGGGAGGGACGUCGCUUGCUGCGUUUUCCAGAAGGACGUUUCAGACCCAGCGGCGUUUCCCAGGUUGUUCCCCUGCUCCUCGCACCCGGCCCGCUGCGCUCAGGAUACCCGCUUCGUUCCCCCACUCGCUCCUCUGGCUACCACAGUGCUUGGAUGGAGGGAAGCAGUCUGGUCGCAGAUGCGAGCAGGGGCUUGCUAGUCUUUCUUUGUUGCCUGUGUUUUGUUUUAGAUCAGGAGUUGUCAACCGGAGGGGUCCACUGCUGCCACCCACCACCCCACGCUGCUGCUGCUUCACAUCCAGCUACCGGGGAUACACUUAUUUAAAAAGGUUGAAAACCCCUGUCCUAGAUGACACUAUUUGUAUUGAAUGGGUGAGCAGGGCUGAUGGUGUCCAGUCAGAGGGAUGCUGCAGAAGAAAGCUGCUUCACACCUCUUCCCGAGUUCAUCUUCUGACUGGUCCUAGUGGAAAAGCAUCUUUCAGUAUUGGUAGUUGAGGUCUCCUGCCCCAACUGAGAGACAAAACCAGUCUUUAAAUUAUGCCCCAAUCAACUGUCCUCUACACUGGUUGGAAAAAGGGUAUGAAAAGAACAGGGCCUGAUCUUGCCAUUCAUUCAGCUGUGGAAGACCCUGACCAGAUACAAUCAAAAAGGCAAAGAUUAGCACCGCCACCCCUCCUUGGGAAGAGUAUACAAGUCUCAGUAAAUAGAGCAAAUUGGCUUCUAGCAACUCUCUUUAAUUACUUUGUCUGUAAACUGGCACAGACUGUUGAAGGAGUUGCCACUCUGAUCAAACUUCCAUGUCAGCUGACCAGUAGGUAUCGGAAGACUUCAGUCGUUAAUGGAUCUCCCCAUGUGGUGUCUAUCGAUGAGACUUUUUCAGAAACUUCUGAUCCUCCGAAAGAUAGACUGACAAGGUCUACAUCUGGAAUAGAAAUGCUACAACUAGAAAAGAAAAUACCUCACGGAAAAGAGAGAGUAGCUGCUACUUGUCACACUGUGCAUCGCUUGAGAGACAUCUGCAACACAACAAGGAGUAGCGGAUUAAUUAGAAAGGAGCGGCCAAGCCGGGAGCACAGCAUGUUGGAAGCCACCGCUUCAGAAGCGAGCAGGAUGAGACGGCCUUGCUUUGCUGUUGAAGAGGGUGUCCAAAGACAGGAGAAAGAAAAAUACAAGCUCCUGUUGGAAUUUGUGAAGGAAAAAUAUCCUAGAAACAAGUCUACUCCUGUAGCUGCAAAUCACUACAAUACUCAAACCUACUCCAGGGAACCACUAAGGGCUGGUGGCCGUGUGGAAGAACACUAUCGUGGAGUAAGAGCGCCUCCAUUUGUGACACUAAGGACCGGUAGCAGAGAUACUGAAACUUGGAGCCCACUCUGGUCUCGAAGAAAUGAUAUGAUCAGUUUUACUGAGGUACUAGCUGUGUUGGUCCCUACAGUAGCAGCUUCCUCUCAAACCUCUGGCCCCAAACUAUCGUGUGAGAAACAUGACCCAUUUCUCUGUCCCAGAUAUCGGACCCCCCCCAGAAACCCUCAAGAACCUGGAACAACAAUUGGACAAACAAACAGAGGGAGACGUGCUGAGACUGACCUUUCAGAGGAGGUGUCAGUUCGGUUAUGCCUGGGCUCUGCCUCAUCCAGUAGGCCCUCUACACUUGGAGUAAAAGAACAGAAACACCCAAGCUCAGAAAAGAUUGUAGAACGCCUUCCACAGCUCACAGAGGACAUGGAGAGAGAGAUCAUGAAUGCACUUGGCCGUGGCCAGCAGAAUGAGAUCCUGAGCAGUGCUUUUAAAUUAAAGGUCACUCGUGGGGACAUCCAAACUCUAAGAAACCAUCAGUGGCUCAACGAUGAGGUGAUCAAUUUCUACAUGAAUCUUCUGGUGGAGAGAAAUAACAAGCAGGGGUUGCCAGUGCUUCAUGCUUUCAGCACUUUUUUCUAUCCCAAAUUAACUUCUGGAGGUUACCAAGCAGUAAGAAGAUGGACGAAAGGUGUGGACAUCUUCAGUAAGGACCUCAUCUUGGUGCCAAUUCACCUCCAGGUGCACUGGGGAUUAGUGGUGAUAGAUGUCAGAAGAAAGAACAUUAAAUAUUUUGACUCAAUGGGUCAAAAUGGCUACAAGAUAUGUGAAACUUUGCGUCAAUAUCUGCUGGAAGAAAGUAAGACCAAAAGGAAUGUAGAUAUUUGUUCUUCGGAGUGGACUCUCUACAGCAUGAAAUCGCAUGAAAUUCCACAGCAGUUGAAUGGCAGCGACUGUGGGAUGUUUACAUGUAAAUAUGCGGACUAUAUCUCCAGGGACAAGCCAAUCACUUUUACACAGCACCAGAUGCCUCACUUCCGCAGACAGAUGGUGUGGGAAAUCCUUCACCAACAGUUGCUGUGACCCUGGGGCUGAGAUGUAGACCUCCCACAGUAACACUGUGAUUGCCUUAUAGUGACCAGCUUCAGGUUCAACUCUGUUUCAGUGGCUUCUUGCAAAGGGCAUCUGGACAAAUUGCUUCCCCACUCCAUGGGCUGUGAAUCAGUGGCUUGUUUGUUUUUUCUCUGUCCACUUGGGAGAACAUGCCUGUUUGAACUGCAUGAAUGCACCUAAGGGCAAAGCCAAAAGAUUGCUAGCCGCUGAGCUGUGACCCUUGCUCAUAGAGCUGAAGAGGCGGCUGAGAGAAGCUACUGCACAAACUGUUGCCAUCGGUCCAUUUUGAUGAAGACUGGCAACUUGUAGUGUAUUUCUGUAGCAAAACUGGAGCAAGAACUGGCUGGUGCAGGGAUGCCCCUUCUAUGGUUUCAGAACUGUCAUAGUUACACAGGUAACUAUUAAGCUCCACGAAAUACCUUCACAUUCUGUGUGAACUCCGUGUUUAGCUGCUCUUUGGAGGAGCAGUUUUCUCUGUUUGGAGUAUAGAAGAUCCACUUGGUUCCUGAAACUGGAUUUGUAAUGGUCCCAGGCAGAAGGCAUUUAAUCUCUUUUGAUUUGUAACAAAUCCAUGAGGAAGCCUGGAUGGCUGGGGUUUAAGAUAUUGUUUCAAGAAUCUGUUGUAUGUGACAUGAUUAUUUAUUUCUUUUCUUUAUUAAAAUAUGUUUAAUUUAUGUGAGGAUUUUUUCCUGAACACAGAUCUUUAGGAAGAGAAUUGGGGUAUAUCUGAAGUUCCCAUUUAAAAAAAAUAUAUAUAUAUUUGCACAGCAGAGCAGUUUCCAACUACUUAUUUUAAAUCUGCCUGUUUGUUUUUCUAUACUUGUAAGAUUCAAAUAGAAGAAAAUCCUCCAGUAAGACGUGUAACAAAAUGAUUUGUUUGUUAGUAGGUAGCCUUUUUAUGACUGAAAUGUAUGUAUUGUUAAGAUUUGAACCCUGACCAUAGUAAAUACUGUGUGGAGA